UGCUGCUCUGAAACCUGAAAAUCGUAUGUAUUCUUGGAAUCAUUCCUUUGAAAUGGAGGCUGUAAUGCUCCCUUUUCCCCCUCCAGAACUGGCAGGGGGUCUUUACAACCACCAUGCAGCAAAAAGGCAUUACAAACUAACACCCUGAUCCCACAAACGCAUCCCACAUGUGUAGCUUUACCCAGGUGAAUAGUCCCAAUUCAAACCCGUGAGACCAGUUGCGUGAGUAAGUCACUAGCCUGGCUUCAAUGCCAGGGAGUGUGCAUCCCUGCAUAUCGAUGGCAGUAGAAGGGAUUCGGUCCAGACAAUGUCUUUUCAGAUCCAGGGUGAACCCAUGAUCUUCCUCAAGGGCGGGCAAGUGUACCAACAUGUCAGCACGCCGACAGGUUUCCACGUCCAGCAGACACCUGAGGAUACUAUCGCGGAGAUCUAAGAGAUGUGGCCAGGAUCAACUCCUCCCUACUAGCACCAUGGCAGAAGAUCAACGCCUUGAACAGCUUCCUGAUGCCGCAUAUCUCAUUCAUCCUGAGGGGAAUCUGCCAUGGUGAAGGUAUAUCUGAACAAGGCACACAGCACCAUCUGGCAGCUGGUAAAGAAGUGGAUGUUUCUUCCCCAAAGGGCCACCAAUGAACUGGUGUACAUCUUGCACAGGCAAGGUGGCGCCAAUGUCCCUCAAAUGAGUGAUCUGUGCGACGUUGCCGUGAUCACUCACGUCUUCCACCUUCUGACAUGCCCAGACUCCACAGUGAGGAACAUCGCGGAAAGUGCUCUGCGGGAUGCCAUCAAGAAGCGAAUCGCCAGGACCCCCUCCAACCAAGAUUUGGCCACCUACCUGAGUCGCUUGCUGGAAGGCGAAUUUCGAAGAGAAGGAGAGACUUAGCUUCACUCUGGACUUGUGCCCGCAACGCUACGCGAUGACUGGAGAAGUGUAUUGGCUGCCACUGGACAUGGUGAGAGGAACUCCAGGAGCUGGAAGUCCUGGUGCCACUGGUGAAUAAUACAUAUUACACUAUCCUCACUCCGAGAGCUAGAAGCAUGCUGGAGAGGACCCUGAAGGAUGCCAUCUGCUGCCAAUAUGUGGAAACCCUGAAACGGAAGCCGGACCAGGGCAAGGCGUUCGAGGUGACGUGCAAGUGGGAUGCCAGCAACCACUUCCUCCCCAGGGGCAGCUUCACCCAAUUUGCCGGCUGGAGGUUCAUCCACAGGGCCUGGCUCAACUGCAUCCCACUGAAUGGAGCCAUCCACCACGGGAAUCGGGACAAGUGAUGCAGGAAGUGUGGCUACGAUAACAGGACGCUACCCCACGUCCUGUGUAGCUGCAAGCCCCAUGCGAGAGCUUGCCAGCUGCACUACAAAGCCAUCAAAGAUCGCCUGGCCAGAACCAUUCCGCCACCCAUGGGGAAGGUUGCCAUAAACUCCGCCAUCCCUGGAACCAACUGUGACGGGACAUCGACAUCACCAACGAGGACCAGAAGAAGAUCAUCAUUGUAGACAUCACAGUGCCAUUAGAGAACAGGACUCUAGCCUUCCACGAUGGCCGAGCUUGAAAGGUAGAGAAAUAUGCCCCUCUGGCCAAAACCUUGAGAGCUAAGGGUUACCAGGUCCAGACACACGCACUGAUCGUCGAAGCCUUAGGCACAUGGGACCCCAAUAAGAGCGAGUGCUGAGAGAAUGUGGAAUCGGUCAAUGCUACGCUUGGCUGAUGCAGCAACUCAUGGUGUCGGAUGCCAUUGGGUGGUCGAGGGACAUCCUAUAUAGAACACAUCACCGGACAUCGGCAGCACCAGGAGGGAUGAGCUGGAGUGCUGAUGAGAAGUGCAGUCAGGAAAGUAACAAAUAUUUUCCUCAUGGAUUGUAUUUUCCAUGGACAGCCAACCUAAUUCUCAAUUACUGAGGGACAAUCUCCACUCAUGUGUUUUCCAUAACCAAAUCUCUGUACAGCUCUUCAUGAGUGAUAUACCCGAGUAUUCGGAUUCUAAUAUCUGAACUGUAUUGUUAAAUCUAUUCACCUAAAUGUGGGUUAUUGCUGAUUAUGUACUCUCUGUAUCAUAUGACUUUUUUAAAAACUAACUUUGUAUAUGUGAAAAGAAUGAGUAGACUAACACGGCUACGGCUCUGAAAUUUGUAUAUGUGGAUAAUCUAAGCACUAUACCUAGAUGUUCAGACACUCUUUCCCCAACUUAUGUAUUAUAUAAUUUUUUUAACAUUAGCUUUAAUAAAAUUUUUAAAUUAUGUGUGCACCUAAGUGUUUCCAGGAUUGGGGUCCAAUUCAAAACCUCCCCUGCUUCGCAGAUUCCAAAAGGAAACAGCCGGUGAAGAAGCCCUCUUGAAAAGCCUGCUGGAAAAGAUUGGGUUUGCAGUAUGCCCUGGAGGUCAACCAGCUCAAGCUAUUUCAGACUAAAGGUGUGUGGGCAGAUUCCAAAGAUGAGGAAGAUACAAGGAGUCUUCACAGAGAACCUUCCUGGCUACUCUCAGAUGCAUCCAAAGUUGCUCUAGUUUGAUCACUGCCGAUGUUUUAAGUGGCAUCACUGCAUCUGCAAGAGGUGUUUCAAGCAGGUGUGGGGGUACAGUUGGUGCCAUUGUUACAUGUCCUUUAGAAGUAAUAAAGACCAGGCUCCAGUCUUCAAGGCUAGCGUUCCGGACUGUCUACUAUCCUCAAGUCCAGUUGGGGACGAUCAGUGGGGAAGGAAUGGUCAGGCCGUCAUCUGUAUCACCUGGACUUCUCCGGGUUCUAAAGUCAAUUUUGGAGAAAGAAGGACCAAGGUCACUCUUCCGAGGAUUGGGUCCAAACUUGGUUGGAGUGGCGCCAUCAAGGGCGGUCUACUUUGCAUGCUACUCCAAAGCCAAGGAGCGAUUUAAUGGCAUUUUUGUGCCCAACAGCAACAUUGUGCACAUUUGCUCAGCAGGCUCUGCAGCUUUUGUCACAAAUUCCCUGAUGAACCCUAUAUGGAUGGUGAAAACCAGAAUGCAGCUGGAGCGGAAAGUCAGGGGUUCAAAGCCGAUGAAUGCUUUGCAGUGUGCUAGAUACGUUUACCAGACAGAAGGGGUCCGUGGUUUUUACAGAGGCUUGACGGCCUCGUAUGCUGGGAUUUCGGAGACCAUUAUCUGCUUUGCUAUUUAUGAAAGUUUAAAGAAGCACCUGAAGGACGUCCAGCUGCCCCCUUCCCCUACUAAUGGGACCAAGAGGACCUCCACAAACUUUUUUGGACUGAUGUUUGCUGCUGCUGUUUCUAAGGGCUGUGCCUCCUGUAUUGCUUAUCCGCAUGAGGUCAUACGGACAAGACUGCGAGAGGAAGGCACAAAAUACAAGACUUUCUUUCAGACGGCUCGUCUGGUAGCACGUGAGGAAGGCUACCUGGCUUUCUAUAGAGGACUCUUUGCGCAGCUCAUCAGGCAGAUACCAAACACAGCCAUUGUGUUGUCCACCUAUGAGCUAAUUGUGUACCUGUUGGAAGACCACACUAAGUAGCAGAGCCAGGGAGCAUCCUCUGGAAAAUAAAAACUGACAUUGAGCAAAUAGCCAUUAAGAGACUGAUGCAGGUGAUGAAGAUGGAGAAUAGCUAUGAGUCUCUGAUCACCUGCUGGACACUUUUCCUUUUGGAUUCAUGCUUUCUGGAAGGUUUCAACUCAUUAACGUUAAUAGUUAAUUAUAACUUUUUAACUUAAGGAGAGAUGAUUCAGAAUUAAACUGCUACUAAAUUAAAUCAUGCUAUUUAAUUUGUAUGUUUUGGUUGUCCUUUUCUUUAAGCCCAGGUAUAUGUGGCAUAUAUGUACCUGUGCUAUUGAGAAGUUUCUUGGAUUGAUAGUCAUUAAAACUGUAUUGAAGUGGGAGAGGAACUGGUUUGGAGUCUGAAACUGAGACCUCCUACUACUGGUGUCACAAAAUAUCAUUUUCCAAUAGUAUUGAGUCCUAAGACCUUUCAAUGUGCUUCGUGGCUGAUUCAUGGGUGUAAUAUUCAUCACCCAUGUGAGCUUUCAGAAUGAGGUACUGAGCACAGUGAGGCAGCCUUGUAACACGCAACUUGACCAGUAUAAAAUGUUCAUGCUGGAAUCUCCUGGAUGAGCCACUGUAUUGGAAGACAUUCCUGUAAAGGUUAAGCAAAAUAGCUUCCCUGAGAGAAACUUAAACUAUUCAUGGGAGGGCACCUAAUUGAAUGUUUGCAUCAUUUAAGUCUUCUCUAAUCUAUUACUUUCCUCAUCUCCAAUGGUGACUUCUUCUUUUCUGAAUGGCAUGGGUGAAUCGGUACAAAUUCUUCAAGAUAUGAAGUCAACUCUAGAGCUCCACUUUCUGGUGCAAUAUUUAGGAGUUAAACCGUUUUAAUUGGUCAUCAAUAAUUAUUAAUCUGACUUGCCCCUGAGGAACAGCAACUUGAUUGGAAUGCAAUCAUGCACAUCUUACCUCCUGAUAACCCUUGCUACCUCACUGGGCUAAGUAAAAAUCAUAUAAAGCUAUGUAAUGAGACUUAAGGAAAUAAUGUAUAAAGUUAAAAAUGGAGAGAUACAGAUCUCCUACUCCAGUACAACCUAUUGGACUGUUCUCACCCCACUUCAUGUAGGUUCAGUAAUCUCAAGUGCUCCAAAGAGACCAGAUUGAAUGGUUCCUCCCCCACCACUUUGGUCCUCUUUCACUACUAGUCAAUGACAUAGCUUCUGCCUCUCAAUUUUAAAUUACACAUUGUGCAUUAGCUCUAAUCCUUUCAUGGGGCUAUUGAAAUGUGCUUAUACUUAUACAGUCGUUUAUAUUGUUGUAGCACCCAGUGGCCUAGAUAUCACUGUCCAGGUAUAAUUGCUGGGUGUUUCUGGAUAAUUUUGGGGGGACUUAAAGGGUUACAUUUGCUUUUGCCUUUUGGACUGACCACUAUGUUCUUGUACCCAUUAGUGUAAUUUGCUUUGACAGCUGAGACAAAUGCUGCAAUGCAAGACAGAUCAUCUUCUGUCUUUUCUACAGCUGAACUGAACAACUGAGCUGCCUGUGACUUCAGCAGGUGUUGAAUUCUUGGGCAUAUACCAGUGUUUACUUCGCUAACUUCACCAAGAAGCAAACUCAGACUUGGGAGGGUGUUACAAAUUGUUAGGAAAAAGCCCAUGAGUGAGGCCAGGGCUCUAGAAUCCUGUCUGCUUGUAAAAAGCUAAUGAGAAUAAGCAUGAUGGUUAGAAAUGUGAUUACUGACCCACUCUGUGUCUGUAACAAAAUGCCAGUCUGGAUGCUAACAAUUAAGCCCAUAUUGAGGACAAUUGCAGAGGUAGGAGGAAAGUGAAGCAUAUGUACCCUACAGAUGACGCCCAAUGUAACUAUAGAAGAAUUUAUUAAAUCCUGCAGAGGUUCAUUGGAAAGGAGAUAAUGUAACAUUUGUUUGAAUUUAAAAUGAAACAAAUUGAAAGAGUUGAAUAAACUAGAAAUUGUGAAAGGAC